AUGUCACCGCAUACUGUUGGAAUCGAAAACCAGAGGCCCCAGCCGGCUGGCGAGAGCCAUGGAGGAGUUGCGCGUCGGGAACAAUCUCCGUCGGGCCACACGUCUACCUACGCGUCUAGCCAGGCUUCUGACGGCGGUGAACCAACCCUCCACGACGUUCUGAUUCCUGGAUUGGAGGAGCUAGAUGUCAACAGCCCCAACAAGGCGACGCCCCUCGAGAAGCGGGACAAUGAACUGCACGAUCCUGAAAAGGGGCCGCCGCCUGCUGAUGAGGAUCGGCUCUUUGAACGGGAGCGCGCCGCCUCAAUGCAGUACCUGCUCGACAACGUCGCCGAGUUUCGGGAGCUGACCGAGAUCCGCAAGAAGGGCUGGGAUAAUCCUGAGGGUGAUCGGUACUUUGAGCGCCAGCGAAAGCUCGGCGACGAUGCCAACCCUGAAACGACCAAGAUCUUCUUCGGAAUGAUGAACCGUGUUGGAAACAAGAUGCAGCAGGCCACCGGCGUCUUCAGUCUCCCUGGCAAGCGACCGAGCAUGCUCGCUCUCGGCUUUGCGCCCGGCGGCUUCGUGGGCGAGGCACUGAAGGUCAACCCCAAUGUCCAAGUGGUCGGCAUUACCCUUCCCAUCAAGGAAAAGGGCGUGGAGAGUCUUGUGAAGAGCCCGCGACUGGAUCUGGUUCAGGCAGACGUCACGAUGCUGGCAGUUGACCUCGGCGUCUCCCUGGACGAGAUCCCUCCUGACCACCCUGACGCCAAGCGCUUCCUCAAGCGAGCCAUCCGACCUCGACAGCAGUUCGACCUUAUCACCUGCGAGGGCGGUGUCCUUCGUACCCACCAGAUCGCGUCCUAUCGCGAGCACCGCGAGGCUCACCGCCUGAAGGCCUCCCAGCUGGCGAUAUCCCUCGCCCGCCUCAAGCCUGGUGGCAGCAUGGUCGUCUUGAUGCACAAGGCGGAGACCUGGAACAGUCUCUCUCUGUUCUACAAGUUCUCCAAGUUCUCCGAGGUACGCCUGUUCAAGCCUGAGGUGGAGCACCAGCACCGGUCAAGCUUCUACAUGAUUGCCACCAACAUCCAGAGCCAGUCCGAGGCGGCGCAGAACGCUGUCAAGCAGUGGACGGCUGAGUGGAAGACUGCCACGUUUGGAACUGAUGAGGAGUACACCAAAGAGUGCCAAGACAACGCCCUGGACGCCAACGAAGUCCUGAAAGAGUUCGGACAGAGCUGGGUUGACAUGUGUCGAGAGGUGUGGGCCCGUCAGAUUAAGGGCCUGGAAAGAAAGUCGUUCACUCAAUGA